AUGGAUCCAGCUGGAGGGAUAUCUGCAACAAUAUACGCCAGCAGGCUCCGGGCAGAGGGCGUGGGCUCAAAGGAGCAGGCCGUGCACUUCGCCAACCAGGACUAUGAGGCUCUGAAACAGGAGUGUGUGGAGUCGGGCUGCCUGUUCGAGGAUCCCUGUUUCCCAGCAGAGCCUCCGUCUCUGGGCUUCAAAGAGCUUGCACCCUAUUCCUCCAAAACCAGAGACGUGGAGUGGAUGAGGCCCACGGAACUGACAGAUGAUCCUCAGUUUAUUGUGGGCGGUGCCACCAGGACAGACAUCUGUCAGGGAGCACUGGGCGACUGCUGGCUCCUGGCUGCCAUUGCGUCUCUCACCCUGAAUGAGAAGAUUCUUCAUCGAGUUGUCCCACAUGGACAGUCAUUCCAAGAUGACUAUGCGGGAAUUUUCCACUUCCAGUUCUGGCAGUUUGGUGAAUGGGUGGACAUUGUGAUUGAUGACAGGCUGCCUGUCAAGGAUGGGGAGCUCAUGUUUGUCCAUUCAGCAGAGGGCAAUGAAUUCUGGAGUGCACUUUUGGAAAAGGCUUAUGCUAAACUAAAUGGCUCCUACGAGGCUCUGUCGGGAGGAAGCACCACUGAAGGCUUUGAGGAUUUCACAGGUGGAGUGUCAGAGAUGUACGAGCUGAGCAAACCUCCCAGAGAUCUGUACAGAAUCAUUGCUAAAGCCCUGGACCGGGGCUCUCUGCUAGGCUGCUCUAUUGAUAUCACCAGUGCUUUUGACAUGGAGGCUGUCACAUUCAAGAAGCUGGUGAAAGGCCACGCCUACUCCUUGACUGGGCUGAAGGAGGUUGAUUACCAUGGCAACAUGACUCGCCUAAUCCGAGUACGUAACCCAUGGGGUCAGGUGGAGUGGACUGGUGCGUGGAACGACAAUUCACAUGAAUGGGAUGAGAUUGACCCCUCUGAAAGAGAGGACUUGCAUCUUCAGAUGGAGGAUGGAGAGUUCUGGAUGUCCUUCAGCGAUUUCUUAAGGCAGUUUUCUCGAUUAGAGAUCUGUAACUUGACUCCUGAUGUUCUGAGUGAGGACAGUCUCAGCCACUGGAACACCACCACCUACCAUGGAACAUGGAGACGAGGCAGCACCGCAGGAGGCUGCAGGAACCAUCCCAAUACAUUCUGGAUCAACCCUCAGUACAAGAUCACGUUGCUGGAGGAGGACGACGACCCAGAGGAUGACGAGGUGGCCUGCAGCUUUUUAGUGGCCCUGAUGCAGAAAGACCGUCGCAAGAGUCGGCGUCAAGGGCAAGACAUGCACACCAUUGGUUUUGCUCUUUAUGAGGUUCCAGACGAGUACAGAGGCUGCCAGAAUGUCCACCUGAAGAAAAAUUUCUUUUUGAGCCAUUCAUCGUGCGCACGCUCUGAGACUUUCAUUAACCUGAGAGAAGUCAGCACCAGGCUGCGUCUUCCGCCCGGAGAGUACAUCAUCGUUCCCUCCACCUUUGAGCCCAGCAAAGAGGCCGACUUUGUCCUGAGAGUCUUCACUGAGAAGCAGGCAGAAACUGAAGAACUAGACGAUGAGAUCUCUGCUGAUCUAGGAGAAGAUGAGGAAAUAACUGAGGAUGAUAUCGACGACUCCUUCAAGUCUAUGUUUGCACAGCUGGCAGGAGAGGACUUGGAGAUUUCUGUUCGUGAGCUGAGGACCAUUCUUAACAGAGUCAUUUCCCGGCACAAAGACCUAAAGACUGAUGGCUUCAGUAUGGAAUCAUGUAGGACCAUGGUCAAUCUGAUGGACAAAGACGGAAGUGCACGUCUGGGGCUCGUGGAGUUUCAGAUCCUAUGGAACAAGAUCCGGAACUGGCUGGUCAUUUUCAGACAGUUUGAUUUGGACAAAUCAGGAGCCAUGAGCUCAUACGAGAUGCGUCUUGCCGUGGAGGCAGCAGGUUUUAAACUGAACAACAGACUGAACCAGAUCCUGGUGGCUCGAUACGCAGAGAACGAGAUCAUCGACUUUGACAACUUCAUCUGCUGUUUGGUCAAACUUGAAGCCAUGUUCAGGUCUUACCGGGAGUUUGACAAAGAAGGAUCAGGAGUGGCUGAGAUGAACAUUACACAGUGGCUUUAUGUGACCAUGUGUGGAUGAAGCCUUUGCCUAUAGGAGAAUACCAAACAAAGGUACCUUUAACCCAGGAGCCCAGAAGACCCCCUGAGCCUUAGACAAACUGAUUCUCUAACACGUCCCACCUCAGCGACUUAAGUAGUGAAAUCAUAAAAGCUGUAUCACACAACACCAAAGCCCAACUAAGCUGCAUCUCCUGGUAGAGUUUUAAAAAACUAUGCAACCAAUACGGUAUAAAGAAGUCAGCGUGCCACGUUAACCCUAUCAUCCCUUUCAACACAGCAUGUACGUGUGCAUGAGCUGUAGCUGUGAUGUGUACUGUAGCUGAUUAUUUGAUAUUUUUACUUUUUUUUUUACAGACCGAAUCAUUUUAUCUGGUUUUACCUACUGUGGUACGACAGCUGUUCUUGAGUCAUCUGUUCCUAAAGUGCUUAGAAAGAUUCUUACAUAAAUAAAUACCACAUACUUUGCUCCUCCAAGGGGCAGCCUCUUGCAGCAGCUGUUAAUACGAGAAUUUUCCCAGUAUGGGAUCCAAAAAGUUCAAAUUAUUAUUAUAAAUUAAAACAAACGUCUUCUGUUUGUUUGUUUGUUGUUUUUUUAGCAGAUUUGAAGUAACCCUGCUAACAGAUAUCCAGUACGGACAAAUCUUGGCAGUGGUUAAUAUUUUUAAUGAUGCACCGGCAGGUGGCAGUAGAGAGCCAAUCUGACUCGAUUCAUUAUAUUUGUAUGGUUUUUAACGAGGGAGUUUAUCCUGUUUUACUACAUCAUCAAUCAGUGUUCUUUUUUAAAAAUACUGACCUUGCUUUUUAUUUUUGCACAAUUUUAUUUGAAGGAAUCAGUGAGAUCUGACCAGAACAUUACAGAAAUAACACUUAAUGCCUUAUACACAAUACUAAAUUGUUAGCAGAUGUUAAAAUGUGCCACUCUUUUCCUGUGUUGUGAAUGUAUGUUGUGCCUUGAAUAAAUAUUUAACUCGU